AUGGCACUACAAAAAUUCACCUCAGCUUCUUCCCUCAUUUCGAAAGUUGCCUCGAGAAGGCUAGCAAUUCACACAUUAGGAUAUCAUCAAGGCGAGAUACAUCGAAAUUCAUCAAUUAUCUCGAGAGAGUUUGUCCGAGUAACUCAGAAGAAACUCACGAAUUUCUCACUGGCUAAACCGAACAACGCUGCCGAGUAUGUACUGUCUACAGUGGAUCAAGUAUUUAAUUGGGCUCGACAAAGUUCGAUAUGGCCAAUGACAUUUGGGUUAGCUUGUUGUGCCGUGGAAAUGAUGCAUAUGGCAGCAGCGAGAUAUGACCAAGAUCGUAUAGGAAUUGUAUUCAGAGCUUCACCACGUCAAUCCGAUGUCAUGAUAGUUGCAGGAACAUUGACGAACAAAAUGGCACCAGCUUUGAGAAAAGUAUAUGAUCAGAUGCCUGAACCGCGAUGGGUUAUAUCUAUGGGAUCUUGCGCGAAUGGCGGUGGCUAUUAUCAUUAUUCAUAUAGUGUUGUGAGAGGGAUUGUACCUGUCGAUAUUUAUGUACCUGGUUGUCCACCAACGGCUGAAGCACUUUUAUAUGGAGUGCUUCAAUUGCAAAAGAAAAUGCGAAGAAGUAGGGAACCGCGAUCUUCUCCACCACCAGACCCGCGACUGUCUCUUCCGUCACGUUCAUCGCGCUCUUCGCGAUCGUCUCUACGAUCACGGUCGUGGCGUGUAGGUGAUCUUCUCGGUGAACGACGAGGAUUUCCGUCACACUUUGAAACUUGA